AUGCCUCAAAAACAAUCUGAGCCUGGAUUGUGUUCUUUUUUCAUCCUUAUCAUUAACUUGAAGAAGGUUUCUGAAGAGGUUGAGGACUGGAAACUACUGGAGACAAACCAAGCAGAUAAGAAGGGAGGAACAGAAAAAGAAGAAGCAAAAGCCAAAAUCUCAUCACAAGAGCCUGCAAUUAAGCAGCAGGGUGUCCUCCAUGGGGAUACUGAACUGCAGAACAUACUCUGGAAUGAUAUAGUUAAAUGUCUGAUAAUUGUUGACUUUGGUCAGGUUUCCAUCAGGUUCUGUUGGUGGACAAAGAGAAGGACAGCUCCAUCUUUUCUAGAGCAGCCUAGUGCCAAAAUGCUGGUUCAUGGCUUGGUGAGAAAAAUGACUAUUACUGGCCAUCUUUGGCUGGUGGACUGGAAUGUCUGCUCCAAGUUUUGA